AUGUCAAUACCAAAACCGCAUGAGGCUAGAGAUGAGAUUCAAUUCACACCAAUUUGUCAUAUAGAUAUCAGGCCAGCAGAGUGUGGUGCUGAAAAUGAUUGUAAGGACGAAAUUUUUAACCUUGAAUCUGUUAAAGUUGAGGAAGAGAAUUUCGAAAACGAGAAUUCCAAAUUUGAAGUAAAUGGGAAUCAUGAAAUAGAUAUUGGUGAAAAACAAGAAGACUUGGAGAUUGAUGCUUUUGAAGAUCGUCAUAAAGAUUCGGAGAAUGACUUGCCACUAAUUACAUAUGGUUCAAAGAGUAUAACAGAUGACUUUGACAUAGAACAACUCUGCAUACAAGCAAAUAAUUUUUGGAAACCGUUAGACCACUAA